GGCCGCCGGCUCCCCGAGCAGCCCGGGAGCGGCUGCAUGAAGCUGCCGCGCCACGGAGAGGGCGACAGGCCGGGGAGGGCACGCCGGCCCGCCACCCGGCCCCAUGCCCCCUUGCCCACCCCAAGGCUGUGCUCCCAGGCCAGGGAAGACUUGCCUACAGCCUUCCCUAGAGAUGCCCGUCUCCGAGGACACACGCUUUCCCCGGAGCCGUCAGCCGGGAGAGGAGGAGCUGCCGCCCGCCGCCCCUGGACCGGGCGUCAUGAGGUGAGCGCCAGGCCCGCUGAGCCUCCCCGAGCCCCCAGCCAUGCCCGGGAUCGUGGUGUUCCGGCGGCGCUGGUCUGUGGGCAGCGAUGACCUUGUCCUGCCGGCCAUCUUCCUCUUCCUCCUGCACACUACCUGGUUUGUGAUCCUGUCCGUGGUGCUCUUUGGCCUGGUCUACAACCCGCAUGAGGCCUGCUCCCUGAACCUGGUGGACCACGGCCGCGGCUACCUGGGCAUCCUGCUGAGCUGCAUGAUCGCCGAGAUGGCCAUCAUCUGGCUGAGCAUGCGCGGGGGUAUCCUGUACACGGAGCCCCGCGACUCCAUGCAGUACGUGCUGUACGUGCGCCUGGCCAUCCUGGUGAUCGAGUUCAUCUACGCCAUCGUGGGCAUCGUGUGGCUCACCCAGUACUACACCUCCUGCAAUGACCUCACUGCCAAGAACGUCACCCUGGGGAUGGUUGUCUGUAACUGGGUGGUCAUCUUGAGCGUCUGCAUCACCGUCCUCUGCGUCUUCGAUCCCACGGGCCGCACCUUCGUCAAGCUGAGGGCCACCAAGAGGAGGCAGCGGAACCUGAGGACCUACAACCUGCGGCACCGCUUGGAGGAGGGGCAGGCCACCAGCUGGUCCCGGCGGCUCAAAGUGUUCCUCUGCUGCACCCGGACCAAGGAUUCCCAGUCAGAUGCCUACUCGGAAAUCGCCUACCUCUUCGCCGAGUUUUUCCGGGACCUGGACAUUGUGCCGUCCGACAUCAUUGCUGGUUUGGUGCUGCUGCGGCAGCGGCAGCGAGCCAAGCGCAACGCGGUGCUGGACGAGGCAAACAAUGAUAUCUUGGCCUUCCUAUCCGGGAUGCCAGUGACCAGAAAUACCAAGUACCUGGACCUCAAGAACUCGCACGAGAUGCUACGCUACAAGGAAGUCUGCUACUACAUGCUGUUCGCCCUGGCGGCCUACGGCUGGCCCAUGUACCUGAUGCGGAAGCCGGCCUGCGGCCUCUGCCAGCUGGCUCGCUCCUGCUCAUGCUGCCUGUGCCCCGCACGGCCCCGGUUUGCCCCCGGGGUCACCAUCGAGGAGGACAAUUGCUGUGGCUGCAACGCCAUCGCCAUCCGCCGUCACUUCCUGGAUGAGAACAUGACGGCGGUGGACAUUGUCUACACCUCCUGCCACGACGCGGUCUACGAAACCCCCUUCUACGUGGCAGUGGACCAUGACAAGAAGAAGGUGGUGAUCAGUAUCAGGGGAACCCUGUCCCCAAAGGAUGCCCUGACUGACCUGACCGGCGACGCUGAGCGCCUCCCCGUGGAGGGGCACCGAGGCACCUGGCUGGGCCACAAGGGCAUGGUGCUGUCCGCCGAGUACAUCAAAAAGAAGCUGGAGCAGGAGAUGGUCCUGUCCCAGGCCUUCGGGCGAGACCUGGGCCGCGGAACCAAACACUACGGCCUGAUUGUGGUGGGCCACUCCCUGGGCGCGGGCACCGCUGCCAUCCUGUCUUUCCUCCUGCGCCCGCAGUACCCAACCCUCAAGUGCUUCGCCUAUUCGCCCCCCGGGGGCCUGCUGAGCGAGGACGCCAUGGAAUACUCCAAGGAGUUCGUGACUGCCGUGGUGCUGGGCAAAGACCUGGUCCCCAGGAUCGGCCUCUCCCAGCUGGAAGGUUUUCGUCGCCAGCUCCUGGAUGUCCUGCAACGCAGCACCAAGCCCAAAUGGCGGAUCAUCGUGGGGGCCACCAAGUGCAUCCCCAAGUCGGAGCUGCCUGAGGAGGUGGAGGUGACCACACUGGCCAACACCCGGCUCUGGACCCACCCCAGCGACCUGACCAUCGCCCUUUCAGCCAGCACCCCGCUCUACCCGCCCGGCCGUAUCAUCCACGUGGUCCACAGCCACCCCGCGGAGCAGUGCUGCUGCUGUGAACAGGAGGAGCCCACAUACUUCGCCAUCUGGGGAGACAACAAGGCCUUCAAUGAGGUGAUCAUCUCACCUGCCAUGCUGCAUGAGCACCUGCCCUAUGUGGUCAUGGAGGGGCUCAACAAGGUGCUAGAGAACUACAACAAGGGGAAAACCGCGCUGCUGUCUGCUGCCAAGGUCAUGGUGAGCCCCACUGAGGUGGACCUGACUCCUGAGCUCAUCUUCCAGCAGCAACCCCUGCCCACAGGACCGCCCCUGCCCGCCGGCCUGGCCCUAGAGCUGCCGGCCACGGACCACCGCAACAGCAGUGUCCGGAGCAAGUCACAGUCGGAGAUGAGCUUGGAGGGCUUCUCCGAGGGGCGGCUGCUGUCGCCGGCGGGCGCGGCGGGCGCGGCGGCGGGCGCGGCGGCGGCGGCGGCGCGCGCGGACCCCGUGGAGCUGCUGCUGCUGUCCACGCAGGAGCGGCUGGCGGCCGAGCUGCAGGCGCGCCGCGCGCCGCUGGCCACCAUGGAGAGCCUGUCGGACACCGAGUCCCUGUACAGCUUCGACUCGCGCCGCUCCUCGGGCUUCCGCAGCAUCCGGGGCUCGCCCAGCCUGCACGCCGUGCUGGAGCGCGACGAGGGCCACCUCUUCUACAUCGACCCCGCCAUCCCCGAGGAGAACCCGUCCCUGAGCUCGCGCACCGAGCUGCUGGCCGCCGACAGCCUGUCCAAGCACUCGCAGGACACGCAGCCGCUGGAGGCGGCGCCGGGCGGCGGCAGCGGUGACGUCACGCCGGAGCGCCCGAGCGCGGCCAAUGAGGACGAGGACGGGGCGGGCGCCGAGGGCGGCGGCACGGCGCCCCCUGCCGGCGCCGAGCUGGCCCUGCACAACGGGCGCCUCGGGGACUCGCCCAGCCCCCAGGUGCUGGAGUUCGCCGAGUUCAUCGACAGCCUCUUCAACCUGGACAGCAAGAGCAGCUCCUUCCAGGACCUCUACUGCAUGGUGGUGCCCGAGAGCCCCACCAGCGACUAUGCCGAGGGCCCCAAGUCCCCCAGCCAGCAAGAGAUCCUGCUCCGGGCCCAGUUUGAGCCCAACCUGGUGCCCAAGCCCCCGAGGCUCUUCGCGGGCUCGGCCGACCCCUCCUCUGGCAUUUCGCUCUCGCCCUCCUUCCCACUCAGCUCCUCCGGGGAACUCAUGGACCUGACACCCACAGGCCUCAGCAGCCAGGAGUGCCUGGCCGUGGACAAGAUCCGGACUUCUACCCCCACUGGCCACGGGGCCAGCCCCACCAAGCAGGAUGACCUGGUCAUCUCAGCACGCUAGCACUCCACAGCCGCUGCCAGCCAGGCCCUGGCCCGAAGCACAGGGCCCCGUGCGCCCCUGGUGGCCAUCCCAGGCCGGGUAGCUUUGAGGAGAGGCCCCAGGGGGGCCAGCUAGCCUCAGGCCUGGGGCAUUGCUGCUGAGCUGGGGGUCCACAUCCCUACCUCAGCUUAGGACCCCCAGAGCCAAGGUGGCUGGAGAAAUAAGGUAGAGAGGAAAAGGAUGAGGAAGGGGUUAGGGCAGCCUGCCAGGUAGGCAGGCCACACUCAGCCCCCUAGCCUGACUUCCCCACAGGGCACCCAGACACUCUGUGCUGGGACAGGCGCUGAGCAAGCUAGCUCCCCCUCACUGCCCAGGGCCUAGGACAGAGCAGUACUCUCCCAUGAUUCUCAUAUGCCCUGGCCACUCUCCCCAGAUCUGGUGCCUGCUGGCCAGCCCCCCUGGGGGGACACCCCCACCACCACCACCUAGGUGGCCCACAGUGUUGUACUUGUUUACAGAAACUGUCAGGCUUGGCUCCAGUUAUAUCCUGGGCUUAUAUAUCUGAGCAGGGCCUGAGGCUGUCAAGGAGCUGGGAGGGGCCCAGAGGAGGUCAGGGUCAAGAUGGUCCCUUCUCUGCCUGGUGCCCCUUGUGCUGGCCCCUCCCAUCCACAGAUCCUGGGCCUUGCAGUUGGCUUCCUCCCUUCCUGGCUUCCCUUCUGCCCUAGGGACCCUGGCCACCAAAGGGUGAUGGGCAGUGCUGUGACCACCCCUGGCUGCAGAGUCACGGCCCUGGGAGGAAAGAAGGCAACCAGAGCCCCCCUCCUCUAAGGGCCCCACUUGACCCCCUCUGUGUCACCCCACCAUGCCUAGGCAGCACCAGGCUGAGAUCUGAAACCAAGCAGCCUCUCCCUCUCCCCACUGGCCUGGUGGCCUCCUGGGCCCUGGGCUCUCACUCUGCCAUGUUUUAUCAGUAGAAGUGGGGCCAAGAGUGGGGCAUUGUGGAACCUAGCUGGGGACCCUCUGCCCAGGGCCCAGGAGAGAGCCCAGGAGGGCCAGGGGCUCAGGGGCUGUUGCUAAGUUAGGCUGAGCCCCGCCGCCUUGGGGUUCCCUAUGGGUCUAGGAACGCAGUUGGGGCUGUGGGAACCCGGCCUUCCCCUCCCCCCAGCCAGGCAGGGGUGGGGGAGGUGUGCAUGCUAAUGUCAGGCGUGUGUGUGCAUGCGCAUGAAUGUGCACCAUUCCUGAGGAAGGGGCUCCUGGGGGCUGCCUGCCCGCCCACCUCCUGCCUGCUGCCCCUCCCAGCCUGAGAAAGCAGCCCUGGAGCCCGCGUGGGCCCAGGAGGUGUGCAGACUGCCCUGCUUGUGCCUUUGUCUACUCAGAGGCAUGGCCCCACCCACUCUGGUCCCAUCUGGCCUCCGUGGGCUGCCAAGGCUUUCCCAGCCAAGACUCCCCCUCCCACCCAGUGAUCACUGGUUUUAGGCCUGAACCCCAACCCUCAACCCUACACACAGCUGAGGCUGGCCUAGACAGCUGCCCACUCCAACCGAGGGGGACAGAGACCUGGAAGCUGGGCCUUCCCUCACUCUCUCCCACCCUCUCUGGACUCCAGGCCUCCCUGUGCCUGGCCAUGUGCUAUGGAGGCAGAGCCUCCGCCCAGCACCGAGCAAGACAAAAA